UAAUUCAGUCUUCAGUCUCAUUUUUCUGGUUGUAGGAAGAACAAGAAUUUGGUGGCAAUUCAAUCAUUGUCGAAUUAAUUGGAUACAAGGGAUAUUAACGUUGGAAUCGACUAAUUUGAACUUCCCAUCGUACAAGAAGAAUUUUAUUUUACGAUAUACGUUGAUUGACAACAGAGGUAAACAUCUUGGGUAGAAAAGGCAAAUUUUAAGACGAACGUUAAAAUGGAUAAGAUGAAGGAAAAUAUAAACUACAUGCAGAUCUCUUUGCCUAAUUACUCGUAUGUCUUGAACUUGGAAAAAAAUUUUAUUUAUUGGGAUACUGUGACGCCAAUGAACAAUCAUUUGCCAUACUGCUUCGUAUAUUGUGCUAUCUACGUCAUUCUAGUUUUUUCCGGGAAGUAUUACCUGUCAGAUAAGCCAAAGUUCGACCUAAGACGUUGGCUUACUUUAUGGAGUUUUAUGCUUGCGACGUUCUCCGUUCUUGGCUUUCUUCGAAUGGGAUCAGAAAUGUACCACAUUUUAAGCAAUUAUGGCUUUUACUAUAGCGUCUGUGUUCCGAAUUUCCUUACACAAGACUCCGUUGCAGCCUUUUGGACGUUCUUGUUUACAAUGUCGAAGUUAUUAGAACUCGGUGACACGGCCUUCAUCGUUUUACGAAAGCAACCAUUAAUAUUUCUGCACUGGUACCACCAUAUAACGGUUCUUCUUUAUACAUGGUACUCUUAUGCGGAAACUUCAGCUACUGGCAGAUGGUUCACUACGAUGAACUUCUUCGUUCACUCGUGGAUGUAUUGUUAUUACGGUCUGAAAGCAAUGAGAUUCAAUCCACCAAAAUGGAUAGCCAUAAUGAUCACUACGCUACAAUUGAUACAAAUGAUUGUAGGUUGCGUUAUAGUUUUCGCGGCUUACUACUACUUACAAAACAACGAAUGUAACGUUACACGUUACAACAUGAAACUUUCGAUGCUGAUGUACCUCAGCUAUUUCAUUCUAUUCGCUAGAUUCUUCCAGCGGGCUUAUCUAUCUAAGAAAUCUGAAAACAAAGCUAAAAGAGCAUAUGUCAAUGAAACAUCACGCGAUGACAAGAUGAAAUGAAACAUCGAAGUUUCUUAACUGAAAGACGUAAAAAAUGUUUGUGAUAAAUGAAAUGAAAAAAUUUAAUUUAACAAUCAAUUUUAUGAUGACUAGCUUAGGAUUAGACAGGAUUAGCGUUACAUGUAUUAUUAAUGAAUUAAUAAGGAUCUCCUUGAAAUCGAAAAGAAUCUUUUGACGAAUUUUUAUAAAGUUUCCGACAAAAGAAUUUGUGAGUAUAGAAAUAUUGAAAAAUGUAACAUUUUAAAAAUUAAUAAUUGUGAAAAAUAUCAUCGACUUUUUACCAGGAAAGUUUCGAAUUGUUGCAUUUCUACAGCGAAAAAUAUUAAUUAUUAUUAAUAUUUUACGAACUAAAGAUAAAUUUAAGAUUUCAGUAUUCUAAAAUUUGAGAUAAUACACACGCUUGUUCGAAUGAAAAUUUCUAAUUUCUAAAAAAUUCUCAUUGCGUUCCAUUUUGUACUUGCCAAAUCGUGUUACAGCGAAUUGUAAGAGCUUGCGUUUGUAUUAUAUCUUUUACAUUAUAUAGAGACAAGAUAUUUACGCCGGAUGACUACUUCUUAUAUUUUGCAAUUUAAGAUCAGCGGACUAAAUUAUCAGAUAUUUCAUAUGUUCUUACAGUACACCGGUUGAAAAAUGUGAAGUUUGAGGAUCAUUGCGCCUACGUCGCCUUAGGCUUUACUUUUCAUUCAUCCUUGUAAAGAAGGUUGCCAACUCACAAGGGCAUUUUGAUUAAUUUGCAAAUGUCAAUAUCUACUAAACAAAAUGCCAAACGUAAUGGUCUUUAUCCUUCAUUUUCGUCGUAUUUUCGCUUGUAGAAAUACAUAUCACUUAAAUUUUAAGCUACUUUAAUUUCGUCACCCUGUAUAUCUCAUUGUUCUUUCUCGAUGGAAUCAUGCAUCCUAAUCAAUACUUAAUAUGUAACGCACGAAAAUGUUUAGAAGUAUAUGAAAUUUCAUUAGCACUGUAAUAAAACACGACUACCGUGAUUAUAAUAAGAAAAUUUGAAACCUA